GCUGAGCUGUUAUUUGUAUUAAAAAACAUAACGGGGCCUCAGCAAUGCACCAUUUGCGGUCAUUUUUACCCCCCGUGAAUUUCAUCACAAUACACUAUGCCUACUUCAUAUUGGUCCCUCUGGUUGCCUCGCUCGUGUUUUGGGGGUCUUCAAACCCCAAGCUCAGUAUAUCAUAUGUCGACAGCUUAUUUCUAGUUACCUCUGCCAUGACAGAGGCUGGCUUGAACACUGUGAACCUAAGUCAGAUGACCACCUGGCAGCAGGUCCUCCUCUGGCUCUUGAUUAUCAUCGGUAGCUCUACCUGGGUGUCUAUUUGGACUGUUCUGGUACGGAAACAUGCCUUCGAAGUACGCUUCCAGGAGAUAGUACGCAAGGAGCGAAAGCGUAGUCUUGAUAGACGAAAUACAAGCUUAACUCUCCUUCCUAUCACCCGUAGGCUUAGAAGUCUCGGCAGGAGUAAGACAGUGCAACGAGACCACGAUGAUAACCCUCCUCAUUUGGACCAUAGCUCGCCAUCGGGUUCGACCCCAGGUCCAGUUCUGGAUGGUGCUAAUAAACCCGCCAUAUCUCACCCGAGCGACGGAAGGCUUCUUUCCGCUAUUAUUCCGUCCCAUCAGGAUUAUAACUCACGUGAUGAUGUGGUGUCCCAAACCCAGCGCCUACCACAUACACACACCGCCGAUUCCCUUUCCCAUCCGCGUAGCUUACCCCCACUUAACGAUACCGCGUCAGAGCCCACAGGUUUGGAUGAUGCAAGAGACAGCCGACUGCAUCCCGGAAAUGGCGACCAUGUUGCAUUCGUUGAUAACCCUCAUGCUAGGUCGACAUCUCUUGCUCCCAGUGGUCUGACUGCGCGAAGACACGUAUCGAGUACCGACACGGCUACAAAUCAUCCCGGUUACUCGGGGGGGCAUAAAGCUGGACGUAAUGGCCAAUUUCAUGGGUUGACCAGCGAGGAGCGCGAAGAGCUUGGUGGCACCGAAUACCGAGCCCUCAAACUCCUUUCCAUCGUUGUUCCUCUGUACUCCUUUUCUUGGCAAUUUCUCGGAUGCAUCUCACUUGGUGCCUGGUUAGCUAACAAACAACCCCAACCCGCCGUGGAUAACGCCAUCUCGCCCUGGUGGAAUGGGAUCUUCAAUGGUGUAUCGGCUUUCAACAACAGUGGUAUGAGCGUCUUGGAUAUGAACAUGAUACCCUACGGAAGUUCCUAUUUCGUACUCAUCGUUAUGGGAGCCAUGAUUCUUGCCGGGAAUACCGCAUAUCCCGUAUUUUUAAGGUUGUGCUUCUGGUGCAGUUUGAAGGCUUUGCAGCUAGUGACUUACCCGCAGGAGCAUGUCGAGUGGAAGGAGACGUUGGAAUAUAUCCUCAAGUAUCCCCGACGUGUCUACACCAACUUAUUCCCAUCGCGACAAACCUAUUGGCUUCUUUUCAUGCUUUUUGUACUUAACGGCACUGAUUGGGCAGCCUUUGAAAUAUUGAACCUCGGAAAUCCCGCCCUCGAGCACAUCCCUCUUGGUUCUCGCAUCAUCGAUGGAUUAUUUCAAGCUCUCGCUGUUCGUUCGGGAGGAUUUUAUGUGGUAUCUAUCCCGACACUAUACAUCGGUCUCCAGGUGCUUUAUGUUAUUAUGAUGUAUAUCUCAGUGUAUCCGGUCGUGAUAACUAUGCGGCAUUCAAACGUGUACGAGGAAAUGUCGUUGGGUAUAUAUGAAGAAGAUCCUAGCUAUAAAGAAGAGCUGACCCGCAAUGUAUCGCAUGGCAACCAAAGCAGCAAAUCCCGGUCUCUCAGCCGAAUGAUUCGUAUCGCAUUUACCGAAUGGUAUGGAGUCGGCACAGCGCCCAACCAGCGGGAGGAGAGUCGAAUCAGCUUCAUCAGCCACCAAAUUCGCGGACAACUCUCUCACGACUUAUGGUGGCUUGUCUUGGCUGUCUUGCUCAUUGUCAUCAUCGAGACGACCCAUUUUAUCGAAGAUCCGGUCACAUUUUCAGUCUUCAACGUCGUAUUUGAGGUUGUCUCCGCUUAUGGUUGCGUUGGCAUCAGCAUCGGAUUGCCGGCUGCGGCUUAUAGUUUCAGCGGCGGACUUUACCCAGGGAGCAAGUUGGUUCUGUGUGCUGUCAUGAUAAGAGGACGACAUCGUGGCUUGCCAGUUGCCCUUGACCGCGCCAUUAGGCUUCCUAGCGAUGACAUGCACAUGGUGGAGGAGGACCACCUUCGUAGAUCAAUAUCUGCAAGGCGACCAAGUUUAGACGAUACACGAUUCAUGUGAUUACUCGGCUAUAGUUUACUGGAUAAAAGAGAAAUGAUAAAAGGGGGGAAAUUGCUUAGGGUUCUAGGUUAGAAUCAGCAUCACAGCAUGCAUAUACUCACGACGCAAUGAUACAAAGUU